AUGAGAUUCUAUAGUUUAAAUAAAAUCGUUAGACCAACCAAUACAAGAUUAUUAUUGGCCACCAAAUCUACCCAAAGUGUAUGGAGAUCCAAUGUAUACGCUGGCUCUAAUAUCAGAAUGAGAUUCUAUUCAGUAGAAGCCCAGAAAAAUGAAGAAGCCAAAGAGGAAAACCAAGAUGUCAAGGAAGACAAUUCUUCAUUAAAUGAAGAUCAAAAGAAAGUUAAAGAAUUAGAAUCGAAAUUAGAAGAAAAAACCAAAGAAAAUGUUGAAUUGAGAGACCGUCUUUUAAGAUCGAUUGCUGAUUUCAGAAACUUACAACAAGUCACCAAGAAGGAUAUUCAAAACGCUAAAGAUUUCGCCCUACAAAAGUUUGCCAAGGAUCUUUUAGAAUCUGUUGAUAAUUUCGGCCAUGCUUUGAAAGCUUUCAAAGAAGAUGAUUUAUCUAAAAACCAAGAAAUCAAUGAUCUAUAUACCGGUGUCAAGAUGACUCGUGAUGUCUUUGAAAAGACUUUGAAAAAACAUGGUAUCGAACAAUUGAACCCAUUGGGUGAAGAGUUUGAUCCAAACAAACACGAAGCCACUUUCGAAUUACCACAACCAGAUAAAGAACCUGGUACUGUUUUCCAUGUCCAACAGAUUGGGUUCACUUUAAACAAUAGAGUUUUAAGACCUGCUAAGGUCGGUAUUGUUAAGGAUUCUAAAUAG